GUUCCUCACUCUCACGCAUGAUUCACGCUCAGUCAGCCAUAGAUAAAGACAAGUCAGUCAGCUUUCAAGUGUCAAAGUGAUAGUAACAACAAAGCUCGAAGACUAUUUCUGGCUUAACUGAAAAGUGUGUACCUGUGGUGUGGGCUAGAAUGGGCUUUACGUAUUAUUCCGACUGAAUAAUAGAGGCUCCAGGACUGUUCAUGUAUAGUCAUCACAAAGAGCUGCCGAUAGUAACGUUCAAAACCCGGUUAAAAGUGUUUGCCAGUGCGAUUAUCGAUCUCAACCCAACAAUUUACUAAAGUUGACUGGAUUAUCCAACAAACAACAGGAUGAAGCUAUCAAGGGACUUCGCCAAUAAGUCAGCUUGCCUUUCCAUCACCCUCAGCAGCCGCAUUAAGCAUAUUCUACAUUGUACACUUUUCGUUACUGUGCUGUGUCUAUUCCAGUACUUUUCCAGUGUUCUUAAAGUGCCUGAUGAUCCAGCUGAAGAAGACAACCCCUGGAUUCAGUAUGGAGUAUUCGGAACCUGUACACUGUAUGCCCUGAGAUUUGUAACUUUCCUCUCAUUACCUCAAGUGAUUUUCAACGUCAUUGGUUUAACGUUCUAUAAUUGUUUCCCUGAUAAAGUCACCUUGAAGGGCUCUCCUUUACUAGCCCCAUAUGUAUGUAUCCGAGUGGUCACAAGAGGCGACUAUCCAGAGCUAGUAAAAAACAACGUCAACCGCAAUAUGAAUAAGUGCAUAGACUCAGGCUUGGAGAAUUUUUUAAUCGAAGUUGUCACCGAUAAACCCAUAGGUUUAGAGCCCCAAAGAAAGGUCCGAGAGCUGGUUGUUCCUACAGACUAUCAAACAACAACAGGGGCGUUAUUUAAGGCGAGAGCGCUUCAGUAUUGUUUGGAAGACAAAGUGAACAUUCUCAACGACAACGACUGGAUUGUUCAUUUAGAUGAAGAAACGCUUCUAACCGAAAAUUCCGUUCGCGGGAUUUUGAACUUUGUUAUGGACGGAAAGCACCACAUUGGUCAAGGACUUAUCACCUAUGCCAAUGAAGAAGUGGUGAACUGGAUUACCACUUUAGCCGACAGUUUUCGCGUGUCUGAUGACAUGGGAAAGCUGAGGGCUCAGUUUUACUGGUUCCAUAAGCCGUUGUUCAGUUUCAAAGGAUCUUUUGUCGUUACCCAAGUAGCAGCUGAAAGAGCAGUUUCAUUCGAUAACGGGCGCGAUGGUUCUAUCGCUGAAGACUGUUAUUUCGCAAUGAAAGCCUACAGCAUGGGAUACAGUUUUAACUUUAUCGAAGGUGAUAUGUGGGAGAAAUCCCCAUUCACCCUCAUGGAUUUCAUCCAACAACGGAAGCGAUGGAUCCAAGGUAUCCUCCUGGUAGUCCACUCCAAAGCCAUACCGUUAAGGUACAAGUGGUUGCUUGGAUGUGCGUGCUACAGCUGGGUAACAUUGCCUCUUUCAGUAAGCAAUAUUUUAUUAGCGGCUUGGUUUCCCAUACCAUGCCCAGCAAUAAUGGAUUUUACGGUAGUUUUUAUCGGGGGCGUCAAUAUUUACAUGUUCAUUUUUGGCGUUCUCAAGUCAUUCAAUGUGUAUAGAUUCGGGUUUCUUAAGUUGUGCCUGUGUCUGAUGAGUGCGGUGGCUGUGCUACCGUUUAAUUUAAUUAUAGAAAAUAUCGCGGUGCUUUGGGGCUAUUUUGGCAACAAGCACAAAUUCUAUGUGGUGAAUAAGAAUAUUGGCAAUCCUAUCACUGUUUAAGGUGUGAGGAUUUAUUUUGUCUGUGAUAGUUAAAUUAGAUCACGAUCUCAAGCUAUCUUUAAAUGUUUUGUUUUUUUAAUGUUGACUUCUUCACCUGAUGAACUCAAUAAUGACACUCUCGGAAUCUUGAAUCGUGCAACACAAUAAGGCUUUAAAAACGUGUUGAAUUUUGUGAAUUAAAAUACUAAUAGACGCGACAUUUUUUAAAGGGUUGCUAAACGAAAAUCAUUUUCAACCGAAAAACCUGAAAUUUUAAACCGUUUGCUUCAAAAAAUGAUUAAAAAUAACGCCUAUUAUGACGAUAAUUAGUGCUAAUUGAUCAUAAAGAAUACAAUGGGACCACAAAAGUAACUGGUUUCCGAAAAGAUGCAAACUAAUAACAAACAUAACAACAUGCUUUACACAUAUGGGAAUUUUAAAUGACAAUGCUUUUAGCAAUACCUUUUACAUUGGUUUUCCAAACACUGAAUGAUGGACUUUUCAUGUACAUGUUUCCGGUUUUCACUAAUCGUCUAUGUAAAUGUGGCGUACGGCUAUUUUUUAUUGCUCAUUGUAUGCUUGGUUCAUUAUCUAGUCAAUUAAUCAAGUAUUGUUGAUAUAACAAUACAGCUCAUUAUCAGCCACAUAUCCACGAAAGAAGUGAGUUGUUUAAUCUAAAAAAUCUAGUGUUUUAAAAUACUGCAAUACAUAGAUUGAUUUUAUAGCGUAAAAAAUGGAAAUCAUCAAGUGUGUUUGGUCUAUUUAUAGUUUAUCUGAAUAUGUUUGCAAAAAUUAAAAGUAGAACGUUAGUAGCUCAGAUUAAAACCCACCAAAAAAGACGUAGAUAGAACGAAUUAAAGCUAUUGGUACUUGAAUAUGAUUCUUAGCAAUAUUUAACCUUAAGCAUUAAAUGUACAUUAUUCAGCUAAUCGUUCAAAUAAAACGGGUGGUGCUUCAAAGUGCAUAUCUAUAGCGAAUUUAUAAAAAUUCAGUGAUGAUUCUAUGUUAGUCCCACCCAUUUCACCCACAACGAUUAAUACUACUUCUCACUUGUAAAAAGUAUUACUAUUUUAAAUCAGCUGUAUGAGAACCGAAUACAAACCUGCUAAUCGACCAAUAUAAUUUGAAUAUAUACAAUCAAUUAUUGUGUUCAAGCCCAACAACAUAUGUAUUGGAAUGUUCACGCUGUUUUAUGAUUUCACUGUAAAUAAUUUAGCUGUAAGGAUUCGUAACGCAGACAACCAAAAUAUAUCUAAAUUUAAGUAAGCUGUUUUUCUCAACUGUGUUUAGCACUUAGGAAUUUAGGAAGAAAAAUUUGACUGAUUAGUAGCAUACAUCUUAAACUUAGGCUUAUUUAAAUCAAUAUUAAUUAAUUAACGAGCACUGAUUGUGAGCGUGUAUGUUGCCGCUUACUUUGCAAUAACUUGGUUAGUAAUACUUGUAAAUAUCAACUGUGUAGCAAACUCCCCAAGGGGACUGACAUCACUAUUACUGUGAUAAUUAAAGUAACUUAAUAAUUAUAACAUGCUAGGCAAUACUACACUUUAUAGUAGGUUUGGUCAAAUUUUUCUUGAAGAUUUUCAUCCACUUUCGCACCUGUAGAUUUGUGCUUAGAUUAGAAAUACAUGUCACUACUAGAGCAAACCUAUUUAAAUCUGAAUUUUUAAAUAAAUCAAACAUUUGACAAGGACCUGCUGAAGAGGAUUUUUUUGUACUCAUCUCAACUGCUGUUCUAGUGUUUGAAAAGCAUUCUAUCAAUUAUAUACCUGUUUUACAAUUUACAUAUUUUAUGCUCUUUAUGUACAUAUUGCAACAUUAUAACUUUAGUUACUUCUUCAGACAAUUUCUUCAUUAAGGCCAGUUUGAAUAUAUCGUUACGAGUAAUAAAUUAUUCGAAUAUGUA